CAAUGGUCUUUGUUUUAAAUGACAACAUGCAGUCUGCGAUUGCCCUGCAGGAAUAUACUACUUUAGAAGAACAUUUUCUCUAUGUCUAUGUCUUUUUUUUAUGAGACUGUGAGUUCAUGAGUUGUCAACUUGUCAGUGUCAGGUGGUGUCAGUGUCAUGUGAUCAUGUCAUUUCAUUCGAGACACUGAAGUAAUAAAAUUGCGGAACAAAAUGGAAAAUAAACGAUAAUAAUUUGAAAAAACAACUUACAAUGUUACCUAAAAAUUUUCAGCAUACCAAUAAGUCACCCAAUCAUAAGAGUUUCCAAGAAAGCAAUUGUCAAGUUGAAUGUUAAAAAUGUCUGGGAUGCAAUGUGUAAGGAGUAACUGGCGAACUAUCCGGCGCGCGGUUCGGCUCGCUGCGGUGUUGGCUCGGCGGUCUGUGGACGGCAGCGGUGCGGUUGGCGCGGGUUCCGGCGGCGACGGCGGCGGUGGCGGCGAACAUGCUGAAGAGCGCUUUUCUCACGCGCGCGCCGUCGUCGGAGUGGCUACAAUCGGCCUGGCACUUGUAGCUGCCGAUCAUCAAUAUAAUGAAAAAAGAUUUUUCAAAGCAGCUCAACUUGGCAAUUUACAAGAAAUUCGCAGGCAAGUGGAAGCAGCAAAGGAGGGUCGCGGGCGUGAUGGCGGCGGCGCCGACCGGCGGCACGCGCUCGGCUGGACGGCGCUCAUGGCGGCCGCCGCCAACGACCAGCCCGCCGCCGUUGCCGAGCUGCUUCGGCUCGGCGCGCGCCCCGACCUGCAGGAGAAGUACGCGGGCGCCUCCGCCGCCGCGCAGCAGCAGGGUUUGCAUCCAUUGGAAGCGAUGCAGCGGCGCGAGGACGAGUUCUGCUCGUCCAUGAAUUCGCGCGCCUCGUUCCUGGGCUGGACGGCGCUGCAUUACGCCGCCCUGGCGGACUCGGCGGGCUCCGCCGCCGCGCUGCUCGACGCGGGCGCCGACCCCACCGCGCGCGACCACGCCGGACGCCGCGCGCUGCAUUAUACGAAAGAUCCGUCGCCUACGAGAGACCUCAUCGUGGAACACUCUGCUCGCUGGGAGGAGAAGCUCGCGGCCGCCGCCGCCGAAGAACGCCGCAGGUUCCCCCUAGAGCAACGCCUGAAGCAGUUCAUAGUGGGGCAGACGGCCGCGAUAGAGACCGUGGCGGCGGCCGUGAGGCGGAAGGAAAACGGAUGGGCUGAUGAAGAACAUCCACUGGUCUUCUUGUUCUUGGGGAGCUCGGGGAUUGGGAAGACUGAGCUGGCUAAGCAACUCGCCAGAUACAUGCACCGCGAUGACCCGGCGGCGUUCAUUCGGCUCGACAUGUCCGAGUACCAGGAGAAACAUGAGGUGGCUAAACUCAUUGGUGCUCCUCCGGGGUACGUGGGCCACGAAGAGGGCGGGCAGCUGACGCGGGCGCUGGCGCGGCGCGCGGACGCCGUGGUGCUGUUCGACGAGGUGGACAAGGCGCAUCCGGACGUGCUCACUGUGUUGCUACAGCUCUUCGACGAGGGUCGCCUGACGGACGGCAAGGGCAAGCUGAUCGAGUGCAAGAACGCCGUGUUCGUGAUGACGUCGAACCUGGCCGCGGACGAGAUCGCGCAGUACGGCCUGCAGCUCCGGCGGGAGGCCGAGGCCAAGGCGCUGCUGCGCGCCAAGGGGACCGCCGCCGCGCACGGAGACGAGCCCGCGGCGCCCGAGGAGUCAGCGGGAGAGGCGCUGGAGGUGUCGCGCACGUUCAAGGACAGCGUGGUGCGGCCCAUACUCAAGCGGCACUUCGGACGGGACGAGUUCCUCGGACGGAUCAAUGAGAUUGUGUACUUCCUACCGUUCUCGCGGCAGGAGCUGCUGACCCUGGUCCAGCGGGAGCUGGUCCGCUGGGCCGAGCAGGCUCGCGCGCGGCACGCCGUGGAGCUGCGCUGGGAGGGCGGCGUGCUGGGCGCUCUCGCGGACGGCUACGACGUGCACUACGGCGCGCGCUCCAUCAAGCACGAGGUGGAGCGGCGGCUGGUGAACCAGCUGGCGCUGGCGGCCGAGCGCGGCGCGCUGGCGCGCGGCUGCUGCGUGCUGGUGUCCGCCGCCGCCGGCCGCCUGGCGCUGGCCGUGCGCGCGCCGCGCCAGCCCGACUACACGCCGCUCGACCUGGCCGUCUGACGCGCCCGGCCUACUCCGAUCGGGGACUUUGUAAGUGUAUUUUCAAAUGAAAAAAAAUCUGUAGCACCUUAAGCUCUAGGUAUCGCCGUACAAGAAAAAUUGCUGUUGAAUUUGAAAUAGCGCAGAAAAUAUGGUUGAAAUUCUUGGAAAAUAUAAUUCUGCUACGAUUUAAAACGAUUUCGAUAACAUUGGAGUAAAGAUUUCUAGCUUUCCUAUUCACCCGUCUUACAUGAAAAAAUGGCAGAUGUAUUUGAAAAGAAUAGUGUAAGUAAAUAGGUUCAAUUUAUUAUGUUUUAAAAUCGAACGAAACAUAAAAUAUGUAAAAAUGUUCUGAUUUUAAAUGGUUUAAAUUACAUUGAACUACUCCUACGCCUUAGAAGAAUAGAAAAAUGGGAAACUUUAUAAUAAUUAAACUAAAAUAGAUGAAGAAUUUCGAUCGAGGUUUAUUGACUUUAUUGUGACGAACGGAUAUGUAACUUUUCGUCCCCGGAAUCGUAUGAAACGUGUAAAAAUAUCGAAUCGUGAUAACAUCCAGCGACCAUAUUUCGUAACCCGGAAAAUAAUUUCUACCAUAAAACCUUUUCAAAGUUGAAUUGUCAUUAAAUCUCCGUACGAAAUUCUCGUAAUUUAUGUAACUAAAAUCCUAAUUAUAAAUGGUUUCUUAUGUUUUUUGUAAGUAUAAUUUAUGCCAAUGAUGAAAACAGGAUUACGGUUAAAUAAAAAUGACACCACUGUAAUAUCAGGCAUAAAUUCUUCGAUAGUAUGAUAAACAAAUCUCAAUAUUUGUGACCCUUAUACUCAUAUGCAGUAUUUAUAUAGUAGCAGCAAUGCAGUAGUGAAAUAUGAAAUAUUGUUACCGCAAUAUUUAGGAACAUAGCAGAAUAACUUUCAUUAUCUUUAUCGCAGUUUUCUGUUUUCCGUAAGUCAGACACAUUAAUUAUAUAUAAAACGGGUCAAUCACGUUCGUUUUUUUAGGACCAAAAUGUGCUAAAAUAAAAAACCGAACGAAAGGAAUAGACUUAAACUAUUCAUAUACAUUAUGAACAGAAUAGAAUAGAACCGUGCUUGAGUCAAGCUUCUCGAUUCCUCGGCCUUCCCGGCCGCGAAUGUGUGUAGCAAUAUCUUAAAAACGGGUGUCACCCAUUUUAAAAUUAUCCUUCACGGACCUUCACAUUUUGCCCUAACACCCACCGCUAGUCAAAGGUCAAAGCGUGGCUGUGAAUACAUUUUAUUUAAGGGAUGUAUGAUAAGCCGCCGACAUAGUUAAUAUUUUUAAAUUAUUUUAUAGCUGUUGAUUAAUUAUAAAAAUAAACAAAAUUUGUUAUGA